GAGGAGGCGAUAAGGGAGAAGAGGAGAAAGAGAGAGAAGAAGAAGAAGAUGAGGGAAGAGGAGAAGCAGAGGGAGGAGAUGGGUUGAAAUCUGAGAGUGACGUUUUAGAGGGAGAAGAAGAAGGAGAAAUAAAAGAAGGAGAGAUGGAGGAGAAAGAUGGAGAGAAGACUAAAGAAGAGGACGGGCUGAGAGGAGAGACAGACGGAGAGACGAAGGAGCUCCUCCUCCUCUCUGACCUCCUCUUGUGUCCUGCUCCAUCAGAGCACACUGAGGAGAACAGAGACGACCUGAGCGAUUGUCUGCAGGCCGAACUCGCCAUCGUCUACUCAGACAGUGACACAGGGGAUGACCACUGGGCAGGCUCCUCCCCCUGUGAUGUCAGCAACCUGGGAGAAGCGGGAGAAAGCAGGGAGGAGGACGGAGGAGGGCAGGAAGUAGAGACUGGAGCAGGGGAGCAGAGGAAGGAGGAGUCGAUGAGGAGCGCAAGGGAUCUGUUCCUAAGGUCUCCCUCCUGCAGCUCCACAACAAGCUCCUCCGACCCCGACAGGAGGGUCCCUGUAGACUUCUGCGUCCUCCAGGAGACCCUCAGUGAGAAUGUCUCCACAGAGCAUGUCGACUUUCUGUUGGCCCGCCGCCAGUGGAAGAAGAUGGAGGAGGAGGUCAAAGGUCAACCCACGCCCAAACCAGGACUCAGAUCUCCGGGGAGUUUCCAGGGGACCCACUCCUCCCUGUACCCGCCGACCCGCAGCCCCCGCCUCAAACACAGAGAGAUCCAUUAUCCCAUGCCCAGAGAGCCCCCCCUGUCCUCCACCCUGUCCCCCAGCUCAGAGGACUCAGGUCUGGAUGACUCCUCGUACCGCAGCCCCCUGGAGGAGCCAGAGACCGCCGUGGAGCGAGAGAUCCGACGGACUUUGGAGAGAGAGGAAAGACACCGCAGGGAGAGGGGGAUAAUCGCUCACGGCCUGAAUAUAUCCAGACCCACAACCCUGCAGACAGGACGAUCUCCACCCAGACCUCCAGCUUGUCGUACCCCUACCUUGUCCAUCUCCCCCUCCCCCUCCUGCUCCUCUUCCCUCCCACGGUCCGCCUACCAUGAGAUGACAGCCAAUAAUGUCAUCAUCCUGGAGCCAGACUCGUCUAGUCCUGCCUCCAGGACCCGCCUACUCACCACUGCGAUUGGCGGCCUCUCUGAUUGGCCUAUGAGCCACGAUGCCGUGUCCUCUGCCAAUGUCAUCGUUGUGGAAACAUCCAAUCUCAUCAUUCGCAGCGCCUCUGAGUUCUGCCUAAGCUCUGCCCCCGUGCCCAUUGAAAAACAGGAGAGCACGUUCACAUCCAAUCCGUUCUUUAAGCUGCGCUCACUGAGCAGCCAGUCGCUGGUGGAGCAGGAGAUCCGCAUGGUAAGGCAGAGGGAGGAGGAGUGGAGGAGGCAGAGGGAGGAGAUGUGGAGGAGGAGGAGGGAGGCAGAGUGGAGCAAGGGAAGGGAGCGGUAUGACACGGUGCUGGUGUCUCCAGGCCUCAACGAUAACAUUAGCUAUAAGGUUCCAGAGGUUCCAGACAGAUGUGUCUCCUCCCCUUCUUCCCCCUCUAGGACUCGUAAAAUGGAACGAUCCAGUUCUUCUUGUGACCAAAAGUUCCCCUCCUCCCUCUCCUCAGUGCCGCGGCGACAGAACACGAUGGCACAGCGAUGGGAAGCCUCCCUGUUAGCCAACCAGAAGAAGGAGUGAUCAUGGAUGGCACUCAGCUGUCAGCCCUGUAACGCCAAAGUUACCCGUCGUGUAUCGCAGUGUUGGUUCUGUGUUCAGAACGAUGGGUCAGAUGAUCAUCAGUCUGUUUUUUAGUGGAUGAUAUGAUGAGUUGAUGAUGUUUUAAUGACAGAAACAGUCCGACUGGUUUCUGAAAACAGACUGUACAACAAAAUGUCAACCUGGAGAAAGUUCUCUUCAUAUUUAGUAACUUGGACUCCUCCAGCCCACCAGCUGCGUCACUUAUAGAGUAUAGAAUUGCACUGGAAAUAAUACAGCUGCUUCUGACAUGUGGCCUAUAUUUUCUAUUUGAUCUAAACUUGUAGAAGCACAUGUUAAAACCUGCUGUAUCCUCCUUUAAUAUUUCAUAUUUGCUGCACCUUUAUUUCUACAUGUGAAUGAAUUAUGAUACCACUGUUUGUGAUAGUUAUGGAUUUGUAUGAACUGACUGAAUGUGGUGAUUUUCAAACCUUUACUGGGCAGACACGGAGUUAAUGUGAUUAUUAUUUAUUAGGUACUAACAUACGGCGGCAGACAAGGGGAAAAUGGUCCAAACUCUUCACUUCCUCAUACCCCUCACUUUCUCCUAUCAACCAUUAACAGUUACAUUGAGCGCCCCCUACAGGCCUGGAGCACGUCUCUUGAGUUUUUCUAAUCAGCAUCGUUACUGACUUCUGCGUUGUGUUUUUUUCUGUAUUUGCAGCGUGAUUUCCCAAAUAUAAGUCAUGAGUGUUUGCCUUUGACAGCCACCGUAGCAAGUGCACACGGCAUCAUUUUUAAAUAAUGUAGCUAUGCAUAGCAGAAACUAGAAAAGGCGAACAUUUAUUAUAUUAAGUUUAAUACAUGAUUUAUAUCCUUAAUGUUCCGACCCAGACUUUCAAAUUCACUGCUUUAGAGGAACAUAAAACUGAUCCGAUGAACAGAAGAGUUUGGGAGUACCAGGUUUAAGUGUUAGCCAUUUUAACUAUUCUACUAGCAGCAGAGGAGGUUUGUUAAGCGAGACAGAGAUUUGGGGCCUGUUUCAGAAAGAAGGCUCAACAAACCUUCAGUCCAACCCUGAGCUCUGAGUUGAUUUACACUCAGGUGAGAAAGACUGACUUAAUGGUUCAAGAACAGCUGAUAUAAGUCUGUUCAAUCAAAAACAAUUGCAAUUGAUGUUAGUUUUUGGCUGGACUUGGCUCACUUUUAUUUUCUUUCUGGGUACUAGAGGUCCGAACACACUUUUAAAAUGAGGGUCUAUGUUUCUGUGUUUCUUUGACAGCUCGUGUUUUGCAGCUGAUUGUUUGAGCUUCAGCAGCGUGAGCAUGCUGUGUAACUUUCAGACAGAUGUUUUAUUUUUAGGAUUGAUUUAACCUGACCAAACUCUGCCUACCUGAGACUCUGCAGUCUAACCAGACGUUUGAAUCUAAAGAAAAGAUUUUUACAUAUUUUUAUGUCCUGCCUUGAUUCCUACAGAGAUGUACUGUAUCGUAUUUUUGCUGCAUAUAUUUAUGAAUCCAGCGUAUAAAUCCUCAAAGCUUUUUAUCCUUAAAAGAAGGAUUAUUUUAAAGUGGAAGUGAGCCAUGUUUUUUUAAAGGGAUGUGUUUGCUGAGUGUGCAUGUUUAUACUGAUGUGUGUUAUUAUGACCCAUCCUCCGCUAACUUGAGUUCACUUUCUUGAGUCCAGCUCACUCGUUGUUUUAGAUGAUGGACUCUACAUGUUCUGCGCAGUGAACAAGAGUUCAAGUCAAAUUAGAAAAUGGAGGAGGAUAUUUUUGAAAACGGGUGAGCGAAAGACUGCAGCAGCACUUUAAAAUCUCUUUAUUUUGAUUUUACUUUCAUGAAUGUGUAAAUAUACUCGCUCUCAUCUAAUCACCCUGUGAGAAACGAAGAACGAAAAAAUGUCGUUAUUCUGUGAAAGUAAAGCUGAAAAUCAAAUGCAACACUCACCAGUCUGUUUUUAAGUUCUCAUGAAACCAGAUUUUACAAACACUGAUAUGAUUCUAGUCAAAUCAAACAAUGUCAAUACCUGUUUGAUACCAUGGCAACAAAAAUAGAAGUCCUAAUGCAAGUUCAUUUCUUGUAUUUAAUUAUCAAAAAUGGCAGACAAACUCCUGUCGUAUUAAAUAGAUAAGCCAAGUAUUUCACCUCUCUAUUUUUAAUUUGCAACAAAGUGCUGUCAGAGACAUAAACAUAACUUUUUAAUCUUUUUUAAACACUUAAAUGACUCCAGAAACGUCAGACUUUUGCUCCCUCUCUCUCUCUCUCUCUCUCUCGUCUGGCGGCAGCUUUGGGUUUGUCUGUCUGAUACUGUUCGUCUUUAGAUAUCGCAGCAAAAAAAGGAGAAGUCCUAUGUUUCAAAUAUUGGGAAAUUGUUCAUUUUAAAUGUAAAAAAAUUGCAGGUACAUUUCUGCAAACACUGCCAAUGUAUUUGUGUGUUUUAGGACAGUGAUAUUUAUUUCUCUAGCGGCAUCUUUUUGGUUUAAAAUGUGGCUGAAGAGGUGCAGGUUAUUUUCUGAAGAUUUGGUUCUUUUCAAUAACAUUAACCAUUAAAAUAACAGGGAUUCUAUCAUUUUACUGAAGUAUGAACAUUAUUGACAACCGUGGUCUGUGUUAAAUAAAGUGAAACAAUCAUUUCUUACACUAUUCUGAGUUUACAUUCACACAAAAACCAAGCAGAAGUUAAAUCCUUCUGUCUUUAUAGCGUUUGGUUUCUUGUACCAAAAAUGUGUUUUCAUGUGAUUUUCCAGAUUUUUGCUGUUUGAGGAAUUAAGUCUUUUUUAAAAGAGCUAACAGUGAAUUAUGAAAUACAUCAAACUAGUUUGAUGAAGUAGAUAAAGGUAAUUUCUUCGAACACAGAUAAAAAAAAAACACUCAGUCACAGCAGAAGCUCUUCUGACAGUUCAAAUAAAUUAAAACAACACAAAGAAGCUGAAAGCGUCGCCUCCUGUUUAACGUGCAUUCACAGGACCGCUGAAAUCAAACACUGAUGUCUAUGCUGACUCUUAACUUUUGAAGAACUUCACUUGAUUCGUCUGGAUCAUAUAAUCAAACACUGAACGCUGGAGGGCAUGUUUGAGCACACCUUUACAAAGAACUGUUUUGAAUGUGAACAAAGUGUUUGAGUUUGUAAAAAGGAACUGUAUGAGAUUCUGACUUUAGUGAAUGGACAUUGAGAAAACAGUGAAACACGAUGUCAUGAUGUGUGUCUGUAUGAUAUUAUACACCGCUGUACCCUCACUGCUUUAUGAUACACACCUGGUUUCACUCCUGUUUUCUCACUUUUAUCUCACUUUAUUACACCACACAUGACUCUUAGUGUAAGAAGAAACUACACUUGAGAUGUGUUCUCUGCGGGUGUGUUCGUGACCAUAUUACUCUGGAUACAAUAACACAACACUGCCUGAAUUGUCUGUAUAUGGUAAUCUUAUUUUACUCUUUCUGCUCAUUUAUCCUGCUUCUGUUUGAUCUUAGUUUGUUGGCCUUGAGUUUGAUCAUGUAUUAUUGCCAAAUGAAAGGUGUCCUGAUGAGCUCUUUAAUAAAGUGUGAGACUCCUGAAACAUG